AGCGCGUACACCGGAAGCGGGCUCUGCUGGCUUGAGGGCAGAAGGAAGGGGGCGGGGGAAGGUUGUUUGGGAACCGGAUUGCGGGGCCCUGCCGUCCUCGCUGCUUGGGGUCCGAGCGGACUGGCCCGGCCCGCCCCGCCCCGGCCAUGAGUUGCCGGGGGCCGCUGCCCAGCGAACGAGGAGCGAGGCAGAGGAAGAGGAGACGAAAUGGCAUAGAGGAGGAUGGGCCAGUCCCACAAACCAAACGUGGUAGCCGAAAUGCUGUCUUUCAGGAUUCCUGGGAUACAGAGUCUUCCAGCAGUGAGAGUGGCAGCACCAGCAGCUGUAGCAGCAGCAGCAGCAACAUAAGCAGUCCUGACAGAGCUACUGGGACAGAGAGCAGCCUACACCAGAUAAUGCCAGGAUCAAGUCCUGUGACACCUCCUCAGUCUUUCCAUGAGCAGUCUGCACUAUGCCAAGGUCCUUACUUCCACAUCAACCAGAUCCUGAAGGAGGCACACUUCCAUAGCUUACAGAACAGGGGCCGUCCUCCAACAUGAUGAGCCUAGCAGCUCUCUGCCUUC